AUGCUGACCAGGAAGAAGUCCUUCACCAGUGCAAUCGUUGGUGCACUGGUGGCACUCUCCAUCAUCACCCUGGUUCUCAGCCUGGUGAGGAUUGAAGAUGUGACGCUGCUACCCACAGUCAAGUAUGGGAUGGUGUUUGAUGCAGGCUCAUCCCACACCUCUCUGUUUGUCUAUGAGUGGGAUUCAGACAAGGAGAACAACACUGGAGUGGUCAGCCAGACUUUGUCCUGUGAUGUCCAGGGGCAAGGCAUAUCAAGCUAUGCCAAUAAUCCCUCUGAAGCUGGCAAUUCCCUAAGGGAGUGCCUGGAUAAAGCCCUGCAAGUUGUUCCUGCUGAAAAGCAGAGGGAUGUCCCAGCUUAUCUUGGAGCAACGGCUGGCAUGAGGCUACUGAGGGAACAGAACAGCUCAGCAACAGAGCAAGUCCUGGCUGAGGUCGCUAAAACCAUGCAGGAGUACCCUGUGGCUUUCAAAGGGGCCCGAAUCCUUACAGGAGAGGAAGAGGGAGCCUAUGGCUGGAUCACCAUCAACUACCUGCUGGACUCCUUCACCAAGUACUCUCCCAAAGCACACACGUGGCUUCGUCCGGAGGCAGCCAACAUUUUUGGGGCACUGGAUCUUGGAGGAGCAUCCACUCAAAUCGCCUUUAUGCCCGAAGGUUCAGGACUGAGCCAAAAUGAAGCCUCUGAGUUCACCCUGUACGGGUACAGCUACAACAUCUACACUCACAGCUACCUCUGCUAUGGGCAGAACGAGAUGCUGAAGCGGCUGGCAAAGGAAUUAAUUGUGGAGUCGUCCUCCAGCACACGAGUCCAGCACCCCUGCUACCCCAAGGGCUACACCGAGACCGUGUCGCUGUCCUCCUUCCGCGCCAGCCCCUGCACGGACGGCAGCGACCCGCGCCUGGCCCUGGGCGACAGCACCGCCACCCUGGAGGGCAGGGGCAACGCCAGCGCCUGCCUGGCAGCCCUCAGGAAGCUCUUCAACUUCUCGGCGUGUGGCCAGAGCCAGCACUGCACCUUUGACGGCGUCUACCAGCCCCCGCUGCGAGGGCAGUUUAUUGCCUUCUCUGCCUUUUACUAUAACUUCAAGUUCCUGAACCUGACGGAGGGGCAGCCUCUGGCCGUGGUCAGAGAGUCCAUUGAGGGGUUCUGCACAAGGAGCUGGGAGGAUUUGUCUUCCAGCUACCCCAAAGAGAAUCCUGAGCGACUGCCUAAAUACUGUGCCAACGCAAACUACAUCCUCACACUCCUCCUCGAUGCCUACAAGUUCAACGAGACUAGCUGGAGCAACAUCAUCUUUCAGAUGAAGGCAGGGAGCGCCGACGUGGGCUGGACACUGGGGUACAUGCUGAACCUCACCAACAUGGUCCCAGCUGAAGCUCCACCCAGCCUGAAGGGGCACAGGCCUUCCCUGUGGGCUGCAGCCAUCACCAUCAUCAUCCUCACCCUCAUCUUGGGGCUCGCUGCCCUGGUCCUGCUGCUGUGGCUGUAG